GAAGUGAAAUUAUACUGUAGAGUAGUCAAACUCGUGAAAAAGCGGUCCUGUAAGCCUUUCUUGAGCAAUAUCCACAAUAUUAGUUGGCACCUCACGUGCGAUGUUUUUGUGUGUUAUGUAAGGAGCACCGCACGUGUACAAAUUCACAUAACGAGGUUUGGGAAAUUUCUUUACGAUACAUAAUUGUUGGACUGCCGUUUACGUGCAGCACAUCUAGCAACAUGGCGGAGUCAGUUGUAGAUAUCGAGGAAAGGAUAUUUCGUUCCCGUCCAGUUUCCCCUUGUUCCUCAAAGUCGAAAGGACAUAAGACGGAAUAUUCUCAUAAGCUCACCGAGAAAAGGAGAAGAGACCGAAUGAACAUAAGUAUGUCUGAAAUAGCCCAGUUGUUGCCAUCCUCGCCUGCCUCAAAACAGCUGGAGAAAGCUGAAAUUCUGGAAAAGACAAUAAGUUACAUAAAGAAACUUCAAGAUCUCACAGGGGAUAAAUGUAUGAGGAUGAGGAGUGAGACUGACAAUUCACACUCAGAUGAAAUACAAAAUACCACAGCUAAAGAUAGUAAACCUCCUAGUGCACAGCUGGAGCUGACUUCAAACUACUACAAUGGUUUUAGCGACUGCAUUAAAGAGGUAUUUCAUUGCCUUACCAAUGUAGAAGCCAUGGACCUUGAACAGCCUUGUUUUCAGCGACUAAUGGGCCAUCUGCAGAAUGAAUUACAGUUUAUGAGAGAAACUACAGAAGUGAGUGAUUCAGAGAAAAACCACAAAGACAAUCAAAACAACAAAUGUCUGAGUGCCACUUCUAAUGGAAACAUUAGUAGUUUGCCCCCUUCAAAAUCUUGUCAUGAAUCCUGGCGACAUAAAAGAAUCCAUGAGAACAGUGAAAACUCCAACAUCCAAAAUGAGACUUCCUGUGAAAACCCAGUUGCAAAAAUACCACAUCUUGAUUCUGAUAAGAACUCUUGUAGUGAUGGUAAUGGAAGUAGUACUUCAACAGAAUCAGUGAGUAGCAGCAUAAAAAAAGAAAAGAGAAAAGCUUCCCUUGGUACUGGCUGGGAUGGAAAUAAAGGUGCUCAUUCAAACACAGGAGGGAGUAGUGUUGGUUCAGACAAAGAAAAAGAAGCGAUUUCCAGUUCUUUAAAGCAGGAUGGUAGCAACAUCUUUGACAGAGCUAAUAUGGAUGGUGGUGGAUGUGGACCUGAAAGCACAGCUGUCAACUGUAAUUGGCCCAACCUUGGCCUAGAUAUGCCAAUUCAGGCCACACCCCUUUCGCCAAGGACCCCAUACAUGCCUAAUCCAUACACUCUGCCAACUUACGCUCUUCACCCAUCUGGUACGCACUUCAUUCCAGUGGUUCUGCAUCUGAGCUUUCCUUUGCCACCAUUUCCUGAAAUGAAAUCAAUACCUAAUUGGUAUUUUACAGCACUUAACUGCAUGAGAAUGGGGAAUCCACAGUUUCCACAUUUCUCAUCCAGUUUUCCCUUUGCUCCCCAAGUCAAUGGUAUGGUAGGACUGAAUGGCAUGCAAAAUACCAAGAACGAGUCAGUUCAGAAGCAGUGUGAGUCUAAACCAAGGGAUGUUGAUUCUACGCACAUUGGACAUGAACCUUCUUCAGUGAAUGAAAGUGCAACAAGAGAUUUAUUGACCAGUGUUUAAUUGACUUAUGUCCCUCUGGAGAGUCAGUAUGCGGUGUACUGCAUCUGUUCCCAAACAUUCACUGUUUCCUUUGACACAAAAUUUUAAUGUAUGUAAUUGCCAGGGGUGUAAAAACCUUUUGGGUGAGCUGAUGACUUUACUUUAGUCUCUGGUCUAUACCUUACAUUCAGUGCUAAGUGGUCCUUGGAUUUAUAUACUAUGAAAAGCAUUAGAGUGGUAAACUGUAGCUGCUAAAUUUUUUCUGGCACGGUGUCAAUCUAGAUUGUGCAAGCUUAAGUGGAGCAACUGUUCACUAACUGUUAAGAAUUAAAAUAAUAAUCACAGUAACGCUUUCAAGACACUUAGUCCACAAACCUUGUUAUGAUUUUUUCAGAUCACAAGAAAACUGCUUCAUAUUGAAAUUUCUAAUGCAGUUUCGUUGCUCUAGUGGUAUGUUCUGAUAAAGUUUCUAAACUGUACUGUACAAUGGAUGCAACUGAAAAACCCUAUUAAAAGCAGGUGUGUUUUUUUAAGGUCAAUAUUUCCCUGAAAGGUAUAGCCAUGAGUAAGGUUUACACUCGUGCAGUACCAAUCAACACAUAGCACUGACUCUCCUGAUGUUUUCAUAGGAGGGCCUCCCCUGGGAUACUGCCUCAUUAAAGGUCCUAAUAAUGUGGAUAUAUGUGUGCAAUGCACGUGAAAUAUCACUAGGAAGUGAGUGUAUUCAGUAGAUAAGACUCUAAGCCUUUUUGUCAGACCAAGAGAGAGAGUCACCUACUGUACAUUCUAUUGUAUAUAAGUUACUUUUAAAUGUAUACUUGGAUAAAAUCCUCAUGAAAAAAGUUAAUUAUGUGAGCUCGAAUACCAGUAAUUAAUAAGUAAAUGACAUUGUACAUACAGUAUGCAGCUUGAAAGCUAAAUUGUAGAAUCUAAUUUGUUGUUCUUGCUAAUAUCUGAUAUGGGAUGUUGAAAUGUGUAUCAACCCCUUAAAAUCAAGUUUUGAGUGGAAAAUCAAUGAUUAAAAUUUGUGAAGUAACA